AUGGAGGCACUCUUAUUUGAGACAGAUUCGAGAGUACAGACGACAGAAAAAAAAAUAAUUUACCUCGAUGAAACCUGGGUAAAUGUCGGACACAAAGCAAACAAAGUGUGGGUAGACAAGACUAUAACUACACCAAAAGACGCUUACAUGGCGGGAUUAACGACUGGAUUGAAAGAUCCGACCGAACGAGGGCCUCGGUUCGUAAUCACACAUGCCGGAGGUGAAAAUGGUUUUGUGAAGGAGGCAAAAAUGGUAUUUCUAGCAAAGAAGGGAAAGGAAGAUUACCACGAAGAGAUGGAUGGCCCAAGAUUUGAAAAGUGGUUCGACCAGCUUCUACCAAACCUUCAAUCCAACUCAGUAAUUGUAAUGGAUAAUGCUCCAUACCAUUCUGUGAAAGUAGAAAAGGUACCUAACACGAAAUCAAGAAAGGAAGAUAUAAAAAAAAUGGCUCAAGGAGAAAAAUAUAAACUUCCCUGA